AUGACUUCCGACGAAAAUUAUGCUAUCUUCCGCGAAUGCCUAUCCAAUGCGAUUGUUGCCCGCUCUGAGGAGAAACCAAAGCCAACCAAACGAAAGCCCAAGAGCAAACGAGUAACCACAACAACAGCCUCAACAGGGAGAUCAAACCCAGAAGAGCUCGCCGAAUUUGUUGAUUACCUCGCCUCAGAAACCUUCACUUCCUUCCCAAAACCCCUCCAAACCCUAAACUACGCCGCAACCCAACACGACCCAACCCUAUUAAAAAUAUACGCACCAGACGCCGACACGCCCCUCCCACGCAGCACGCUCGAACUCCUCACCACCCCAAUCCCCGUCAGCGUGACAGACUCGCUGCUCGCAUACGGCAUAAUCCCCGAUGCAGCAGAUCUACCCGAUUUCCUCGCCCCUGUGCUGGCAGAGUACACGUCGAGCGUGACCGCUGCUCCGCCGGUCUGGGCGAGCACGCGCGCGGAUGCGUGUGAGAUCUGUGAGAGGGACUGGAUUCCGCUUUCGUAUCACCAUUUGAUUCCGCGCGGGGUUCAUGCGAAGGUUGUUAAGAAGGGGUGGCAUGAUGAGUGGAUGCUGAAUAGUGUUGCGUGGCUGUGUCGAGCUUGUCAUAGCUUUGUGCAUCGUAUGGCGAGUAAUGAGGAACUGGCUAGGGAGUGGUUUACUGUUGAGCGGAUUUGUGAGAGGGAGGAUGUGCAGGAUUGGGCUAGGUGGGUUGGGAGGGUUAGGUGGAAGGCGAGGUAG